CAAGACCCGGUAAUGGCCGAUGCGUCGGGACAAAUUAAUUACUUUAGACUGAGGUAACAGUGCCGAUUACAGAAGAUAUACACAAAUAACGAUGGCUACAUCGAAAACAGAAGUUAAGGGCCAGAACGGACAUGUGGCCGUGUCCAGGACGGAGUACUGUAAUAAGCUGCGGGACUGGAUGUGGCACUACUACUGCGGCUAUGCGAGCUGGCAGAACUGGAUGUGCGUGUCGGCGCUCCCUGUAUCUCCUCCGUGGUUUCCUCAGCAGCCUGCCAGCCGAGCGGGUAACGUUCCUCCUUAUCCACCCGGCCCGACACCUGCGAACAUAUCUAACUGGUACAUCCAGCUCACCAGUCCGCCUCAGUUUAAUGCUGCUGCGGCUACGCAGGCCGGGAGUUCGCCAGCAUCGGCAGCGCCGGCAGCGGCUGCCAGCCCGUUACAGGCGAAUGGAAACCCGGCUCAGCAAGCAGGUCGUGAGUACACCAUUCCCUCACCUCUACACAGAUUUCUAGCUGAAAUGGUGGAUUUCUUCAUCCUCUUUUGCGUUAAAGCAACAAUAGUUUUGUGGAUAAUGCACUUAAGCGGAAUGAAGGACAUUUCUAAAGUCAUUAUGCAGUUUGUAGUGGAGGAGAUCGAUGAGAACACGUCUCUGGAGGACCUGCAGAAGAUGAUGGUGGUGGCUCUCGUGUACAGGGUUUUAGUUUGUUUCUAUGAGAUUAUCUGUAUUUGGGGAGCGGGAGGUGCCACUCCUGGGAAAUUUCUCCUUGGUUUGCGAGUGGUUAGCUGUGACUCUACGGUUUUGGUGCGACCCAACCGCGUCUUUGUGGUUCCAGCAUCUAACGUCACCUUAUCAGCAUCCACUGUACGGGCUUUGAACAAGAACCUGUCAAUUGCAUUCCUUUUUCCGGUCUUCAUCACGCUGCUCUUCUUCCAACACAACAGGACCGUGUAUGACAUUGUGGCAGGAACCAUUGUGGUGCGGCGUAGGGGAGGAAGAUGACCGGUUCAAAAAA